GGCGACAGAAGCGCGCCUUAAGCACGGCUUGGAAACCCAUUCUUCUGCCAAACACUCGCCGGUGCUUCCAGAUUCAAUCACUCGCGAGAAACGAAAGCCAUGCUCAUCCAACGCCCAUUCUCGCCCAUUCUUCAAACCCCCAAGCUUCCCUUCUCACCAUUUUCCCGCUUCUCCACUCUCGUCGCGCCAUUUCCGACCAAGACUACUUCUCUGCGCUUCGCGAGAGUGAAGUGUCGAGCUCAAGACUUGAAGACCCAGAACUCGCGGGGACUGAAAGACCGAGAAGAAGGUGAUUAUUACGACGAUGAAGAUGACGGGGGCGAAGAUGGGUUUUCGACUCGCGGUGGGUUCAGAGGGAGAGACGACGAAAAGGAUUAUGAUAAGGAUCCGGAGUUCGCUCAAAUAUUGGGGACUUGUCUUGAUGACCCAGAAAAGGCUCGCGCCAAAAUGGAGGAGAGGUUGAGGAGGAAAAGGAACAGAAUAUUGCAUUCAAAGACUGGUUCAGCUACACCCAUGAAGGUUACAUUCAACAAGUUUGAUUUCUCAAACUCAUAUAUAUGGUUCGAAUUUUACAAUACUCCUUUGGAUAAAGAUGUCUCUUUGCUCUGUGAUACCAUUCGUUCGUGGCAUAUCAUUGGACGCCUUGGUGGAUGCAAUUCCAUGAACAUGCAAUUGUCUCAAUCUCCUUUGGAUAAAAGACCAAGUUAUGAUGCUAUUCAAGGAGCAAAUGUGACACCAAGUACAUUUUACAAUCUCGGGGAUCUUGAGAUUCAAGAGAACCUGGCACGCAUUUGGGUGGAUAUUGGUACCAGUGAACCGUUGCUUCUAGAUGUGUUGAUAAAUGCAUUGACUCAGAUAAGCUCUGACUUUGUCGGAGUCAAGCAAGUUGUGUUUGGCGGAGCAGAAUUUGAAAAUUGGAAGGAGAAUUUGACAACCGAGGAUGCCGGUUACUCCGUCCACAAAAUUUAGCCAACUUGCUUUGCACCAAGAAGUCUCUAUACGUGCGAUUAUUGUUUGUGUAUGUGUCCAACAACUGAAGAGCAAUGAAUUUUCUAUUCUGGAAACAGAUUACAGUUGCUGCUGAAUUGCUGAUGCUGGAGUAGCCUACUCUUAUAAUGUAGACGCAUCUCUUCAAAUCUCAAAUUUUGAUUAUUAGGACUAGUUUCUUGCUUAGAUGAUAGGAGAGUAAAGGUUGCCAUAUUUGAUCGAGCAACAUAGAAGGUAAAACCAACUUUGUGUUGUUAAUGAGAGGGUGUUCUGCAAAUUAUGUGCUUAAAUGUGUGCUUAGCACGCAUUACUUGUAUGCAUGAUACAUUAACAAAAAUGUUUGAAGCCUCCAGGCCCUCUUUUUAUGUGA